AUGAUAGUAAAGGAUUUGACUGAAGAUUAUUUAAUUGGAUUAGAUUUAAUGCAAAGUAUAAUUGCAGGAAUUAAAUUUAGUUCAGAUAAAAGUAUAUUAAUAGAUAAAAUUAAGGAACAGACAAAAGGUGAUAAAAUAAUUUUGGAUAAGGUAGAUUUAAAAAUAGAUGAGUUAAAGUUGAAAGGUAAUAAAGAAAAAAAGAGUUAG